AUGAAGCAAUCAGUUAGGCAGCUUCUUCAGGUGGAUAUCAAAUCUAUCGUUAAGAAUACUAAAGUUAACUCUCAAACUUCUGAUGGAGUCUUAACACCAAAACGACAAAAACAGGUGAGCAAAGAAAACAGCCGUAAAACGAAGGGCUCUGACAAAUUCCAGACAACUAUUAAAAGUCUCUAUGAUAGAUAUAAUAAACACUACCCUGAGCCAAAAAGGUCAGACUUAGCUUUGGUGAACUUUUUUUUCAAUAAAGCAAAAGUUCAAUUUGAAUGGAGUGCUCCAACAUUUAAUGAUAUACCGGGGGAAAAGGUUCGACGUGCAAUGGAGAAAAGGCAAAAAGCUGCCCAAAUCUUGUUAGAAGAAGAGAAAUCAUAUAUCUCCUCAAAGAGCUUAGCGUCAGACCCAAAUUUAAGCAUGUUAGAGUCUGAAUUUACACAUCUAGAACAUAAAGAUCAGAAUAAGUUGUACCAUGGCAAAACUGAAGGUAUACCAUUUGAACUCAUAAACCAGUUACCGGAGAUUGCAUUUUUAGGCAGGUGCAAUUCGGGAAAAUCUACAUUAUUGAAUAAUAUCACUACGGAAGUUACGAGGAACCAUCUAAAUGAAUAUGCUAAUGCUUCAAAGAAAGCAGGAUUUACAAAGACUAUCAAUUGUUUCAAUGUUGGGAAAAGAUUUCGAAUAAUAGACACACCCGGAUAUGGUACUAAAGGUACUGCAGAACAAGGCAGACUUACGAUGGACUAUUUGCAAAAAAGACGGGAGUUGCGUCGGAGCUUCCUUCUAAUUAGUGCAAAUCAAGGAUUUAGCGAAUAUGAUGCGACCAUGGUGGAUCUACUGGUAAGCAAUGGUAUUCCGUUUGAGAUUGUUCUUACUAAGAUGGACACUGUAAAAGACAUGACUCAAGUUGAACGCAUCAUCGAGGAGAGUAAUGUUUUGAACUUACCUACUUCCCCAAGGUUUAUAUUUCUAAAUUCUAUGACGAACAAGCAUUGUCAGAAAAGGUUUGGAAUUGAUAUUCUAAGGUAUGUAAUAUUGGAUGCAUGUGGGUUAUCGCCCGGAGUGAAGCCCUCAAAAAUCAAGAAAAAUUGA